AAUAUGUGCUUAUUUGAAUACAAAAAAAAUAUUUUUCACUUCAUUAUUUUUAAAACGAAAUAUUUUGAAUUAAAAUAACACAUGUUUUAUGUUACAUUAAUACCCGAUAUCAUAAUUUACAAGAAUUAAAACUAUUUUCGAUUAUAUUCGAAAUCUUUAUUAAUCAACUGGAUUGUUGAUAUGGCAUUAUUGACAUUUUUUUAAAGUUAAAUAUCAUCAUCAUAUUAGUUAUUUACCAAAACAAUGAAAUCUACGCUCAAUGAGCAAUGACCAAUGCUCAUUUUGCCAAGCUGAAGGUGAAAAAAACUGUACUCUCCUUUAUGUAUUAUUGUAGAGUAACAAAGCAUUUCAUCUUUAUAAUAGAUUGAAGGAUUUUAAAUCACGUAGAUAGUAUAUAUAUAUUGUGAAAAUGGACAGUCUUUUCACACAAAAUAUUUCAGACGAACCAGAGGAUAUACCACAAACAGAUGAACCAGUUUGGGUUCUAGGAAAAAAAUAUAAUGCCAUAAGAGAACUCGACGCAAUUCGUAGGGAUAUAAGAUCCAAAUUAUGGUUUACUUAUCGAAAAAAUUUUGUACCUAUUGGUGGUUACAAUUCUACAUUUACAUCUGAUAAAGGUUGGGGUUGUAUGUUAAGAUGUGGUCAAAUGGUUCUUGGUCAAGCUUUAAUUAUAUUACAUUUAGGUAGAGAUUGGCAAUGGAGUCUGGAAACUAGAAAUAGUACGUAUCUGAAAAUUCUAGAACGCUUUGAAGACAAAAGAAAUGCUCCUUUUUCUAUUCAUCAAAUUGCAUUAAUGGGAGCAUCAGAAGGAAAAGAAGUUGGUCAAUGGUUUGGUCCUAAUACAGUAGCACAAGUAUUAAAAAAAUUAGUUGUGUUUGAUGAAUGGAGUUCAAUCACUAUACAUGUUGCUCUUGACAAUACAUUAAUAGUUAAUGAUAUUUUAAAACAAUGUAGAGUAGAAGGAGGUACAACAGUGGAAGCCGAUGGUGAUGCUCCAUUAAAAGCACCUAGCCAAUGGAAACCUUUAUUACUUUUAAUACCCCUUCGCCUUGGGUUAAGCGAGAUUAAUCCUAUCUACAUAAAUGGUCUUAAAACAUCAUUCAAAAUUCCACAAUCUCUAGGAGUAAUUGGAGGAAAACCCACCCAUGCAUUAUAUUUUAUAGGAUGUGUCGGAAAUGAAGUGAUUUAUUUAGAUCCUCAUACAACACAAAAAUCAGGUAGUGUUGCCAAAAAAUUAGAAGAAGAAGAAAUUGAAAUGGAUGCUACCUAUCAUUGUAAAUUUUCUGGUCGUAUUCCUAUUAUAGAGAUAGAUCCUUCUGUAGCACUUUGUUUUUUUUGUGCAACUGAAAAAGACUUUAAAUCUUUAUGCAAAUUUAUUCAAGAAGAAUUAAUAACACCAGAAAAGCAACCUUUACUUGAAUUAUGUGCAGAGAGAUUAGCACAAUGGUCAGUUGAAGAUGUUGCUUCAGAAGCAAUAGCAGCUUCAAGUUUUGUAGAUUUUGAACAUAUAGAUCCACAAUGUGAUACAUCUGAUGAAGAUUUUGAAUUACUUGGUUGAUAUUUCAUUAUUAACAAAAUCUACGAUAUAAAUAAUGUAUAUAUAACAUCAAAGAAUGAAAUGGUCCAUUCGUACAUAAAAUACAACCAUUCAUUCAAUACUUAACUAGUACUAUUUCAGUACUGAAAGUUGAAUAAUAAAAUAAUUUAUACCAAAUAAUUAAAAUAUUGUAUAUAUUACUUAUAUUUAUAAAUUUU